AUGGCUUUUGUCUUUCUCGGGUUCAGAGACAGCCGAUUUGAGCAGGCCCAGUUUACUAUGCCGCAAAUGUCCACAUUUACCUUCCGUAUAGCCUCUCGCAGAUGUCUAGGCUCCGCAUCUACAAGUUUAGGCUGCUGCCUAAGCCCGGUAACAGUAAACCCGGCACCACCACCACCACCAUCACCGUCACCGGCAACGGUAGUGGCACCGGCACCACCACCGGCAAGUGCAGUGGCACCAGCACCAUCACCGACAAGUGCAGUGGCACUGGCACCAUCACCGACAAGUGCAGUGGCACCGGCACCACCACCGGCAAGUGCAGUGGCACCGAUAAUGGUAGCACUCUGGCCACCGCCACCAUCCGCAUCCAAAAAUGCGAUGAGGAAGGGAAGGUAA